AAGUCUAAAAAUAAAAUUAAAAAGGGAGUUUUUCUCCAACAACUCCACGACGACUUUUUCAGAAGCCGCCAACUUCCUUCUUGCUCUUCAUUUCUACACUCAUCAAUCUCUCAUUACACAACCAACAUACCAAAAUCAGACAUUUAAAUCACAAACAAAACAAAAUCAUGGGCUGGGGAAACAUCUUCUUCUCAAUGCUAAUUACAUUCUCAGUAGCACUCAUUACAUACAACAUUCUCAUCUCUGCUAAUGCACCUCUCAAGCAAGACCUUCCCAAUGGCCCUUCUACUCUCACAACUGACCCCAUCAUCAAGAUGCCACUUCAACGCUCCAAAAAGAGACUGUUCCACACUGCUGUGACCUCUUCUGACUCUGUUUAUAAUACUUGGCAGUGUAGAAUUAUGUAUUACUGGUUCAAGAAGUUUCAGAAUCAACCUAAUUCUGAGAUGGGUGGGUUUACUAGGAUCUUGCACUCUGGGAAAAGUGAUCAGUUUAUGGAUGAGAUCCCUACUUUUGUUGCCCAGCCUCUUCCCUCCGGUAUGGAUCAGGGAUAUAUAGUUUUGAACAGACCAUGGGCAUUUGUACAAUGGCUUCAACAAGCAGACAUAAAAGAAGAUUACAUACUUAUGGCAGAGCCUGAUCAUAUUAUUGUUAAGCCAAUACCAAAUUUGUCGAAAGAUGGUUUUGGAGCUGCAUUUCCCUUCUUUUACAUCGAGCCAACGAAGUAUGAAUCGGUCCUCCGAAAGUACUUCCCUGAGGACAAGGGACCAGUAACUAACAUUGAUCCUAUAGGAAAUUCUCCUGUCAUUAUAGCGAAGGAAUCGCUUAAGAAAAUUGCUCCCACUUGGAUGAAUGUUUCGUUAGCAAUGAAGAAAGAUCCUGAAACAGAUAAAGCUUUUGGCUGGGUGCUUGAGAUGUAUGCUUAUGCCGUUUCAUCUGCUCUUCAUGGCAUUAGCAAUAUAUUAUACAAGGACUUCAUGAUUCAGCCCCCAUGGGAUACAGAAGUUGGCAGGAAGUUCAUAAUUCACUACACUUACGGAUGCGACUUUGACAUGAAGGGUAAGCUAACAUAUGGGAAGAUUGGAGAAUGGAGGUUUGACAAAAGAUCUUAUGAAAGCGUCGCACCCCCAAGAAACCUUUCCCUGCCUCCACCGGGUGUAUCUGAAAGCGUGGUAACUUUAGUGAAAAUGGUGAAUGAAGCCACAGCAAACAUUCCAAAUUGGGGAUCAUAGAUGGAAGUAAGCAGUGUACAGCAAGCUUUUAGUAUUGGAAACCAAGUUCAGGAAUUGAAACCUAAUUCAAUACCUAAAUUAGAGCAUAACACCGCUGUUGAUUGCAUACUACUGUAUUUUAACUGUUCCACUAGUGCAUUUGAUUGAUAAGGUUUCUCCA